CUUGUUACAGACUCUCUUUUAUAGAUAGAAAUUUGUGAGCAUAUUUUGAUGAUUGAUAAAUUUCUGAAUUUUAUAGAAAACUAGUACCGGGGAGCCAAAGUUGAUCGAUAUUGUCAGUUGCACUGGGGCUGGGGACGUUGACACUUCCGUCUGUCGAACGGAAAGCAAUGGAACAAUAAGAGGAUUGUCAGGACGUCUGCUGACGAUUCCGUUAACCUGGAGAAAUCCCAGCGGAAAAUAUCACCUGGGUCUGAAGGACGUCUACGAUCUGUACCCAGCGUCAUUGAAGGAGCGGAUGAAGGAGGACACUUUUAUGAAAGAAAACUUGGAGAUGCAGCUGGAUCUGUUGAGGCAGGUCGAGAAGAGUUGCAGCGGAUAUGGACCCGUCGCCGACUGCAUCGUGUUUCACGAUGGCCACACCUGGAAGGCUUGCAUGGAUACGAGUUUUUGCGGUGAUCUGAAAAAUUGCGCUCUUAUGUCAAACUACCGGGAGAAAUGUCAGUACGCCAUUUUCAGCCCUGAAGGUAUGUGA